AUGUCGCUGGCCCGGCCUCCCCGCGAAGCUGUCAGCUGCACGUGGUACGACCACUACUACGGCAGCUGCGACACCUACCUGGCGGUACUGCUCUCCAGCCCCUUCUACCCUGGGCCCUGGGCCGCGCCCACAUCCUGGCCGGUGCCUGUGGGCACGGACGACUGCGGCCAGACCCGCGACAUAUGUAGCGGGCGGCUCAGACUGGGCUCCCGGCAUCGAGCCCCGGACCAGCCCCUCCCGGUGGCAGCGGGCAUCGUGGCCGGCGUGCUCGCCCUGGGUGUCUUGCUGGGCCUGCUGUGCUGGAGGCGAGUGAACGGGCAGAGGGCCCAGGGCCUGGCCCUCCAAGACUCCUGCCCACCUCCACGUGUCGUCCUGUCUGCCCCCCCGCACCCCCCCCCAGCCCCGCGUCCCUGGCUGGAGCCCAGGGCUGUGCGCCCACGCCCACUGGCACCAGGGCAGGACUCUGCACACCAGGCCCUUCGCCUGCCCCCACCCAGGCGGACCCACCGGCCCAUCCCCGUGCACAGCUUCCAGCAGAGCUUUGAGGCCAAGAGUGCCCACGCCUACCAGGCCUUUUUUCAGGAGUUUGAGGUGAGGCCUCUGCCCGGCCCAGGCUCUGGGGGACCCCCGUCUGGUGUGGGGGGCGACGUGGGUCUGUCCCGGCCCCAAUCUCUGCAGGAGCUGAAGGAGGUGGGCAAGGAGCAGCUGAGGCUGGAGGCUGCCAACAGCGCGAAGAACCGCUACCCUCACGUGUUGCCCUGUGAGCGCGGCAGCGGGCGGGCGGGGCUGCGGCUGGCCCGGAGUGGCCUGCUGUGCCCACUCCCAACACACACCUUACCCUCUGCAGACGACCACUCCCGGGUCAGGCUGGCCCUGCUGGACGGGAAGCCCCACUCUGACUACAUCAAUGCCAGCUUCAUCCCAGUAGGGCUGCCCGCAGGCUGGCUGUGGCGUCCCCUGCGUUUGCAGGGCUAUCCUGCCCUGGCCGUCGAUGAGGACUGCCAGCUCGUGUGUCUGUGUGUUCCACGUUGGGCCUGCAGGGGGCGGGGCGGGGCUGCUUGGACUCCGCCCUUCAAAGGAGCAGGUGGCUACACCCACCCGCAGGAGUUCAUCGCCACCCAGGGGCCUCUCAAGAAGACAUUGGUGGACUUCUGGCGGCUGGUGUGGGAGCAGCAGGUCCGCGUCAUCGUCAUGCUGACCGUGGGCAUGGAGAACGGGCGGGUGCUGUGCGAGCACUACUGGCCAGCCGACUCCCGCCCCAUCACCCACGGGCCCGUCACCAUCCGCCUGCUGGCCGAGCAGCCCCAGGACGAGUGGACCACACGGGAAUUCCAGCUGCACCACUUCACCACCUGGCCGGACCACAGCGUCCCCGAGGCCCCCAGCUCCCUGCUGGCCUUCGUGGAGCUGGUCCAGGAGCAGGCAAGGGCCACCGUGGGCGCAGGGCCCCUCCUGGUGCACUGCAGUGCGGGCGUGGGCCGCUCAGGCACCUUUGUGGUUUUGUGGCGGCUGCUGCGGCAGCUGGAGGAGGAGCAGGUGGUGGACGUGUUCCACGCGGUGCACGUGCUGCGCCUACACCGGCCGCUCAUGAUUCAGACCCCGGAGCAGUACGUCCACCUCUACAGCUGCCUCGACAGUGCGCUCUCGGAAGGGCUGCCGUGA